AUAACAAUACUAUUAUCGUCGUUUUGGCGCUGGCACGAUCGCCGAUCAGAGUGAUCAGACCUCCGCCGCCGUCGUCGCCGUCAAUCCGCAGGGUCGUCUGUCCUACUGGGCAGCCCUUUGCGCGCGCACGUGUGUAUUUGCGUGUGCGCGCUUGUACUAGCCGCCGCCGCCGCCGCCGCCGCUGCUUACUCGACGUGCUCCUCUCGGCGCUCGCCGUCACACUCGGACACCGAACGUUGACGUUCGGACGUGCACGUAAUACUCCGACGCCACCGUCGCCGCCGUUGCGUCCCUCUUCCGACGGGGUCCGUUGAUCGACGUUAUACUGUCCGGUUGCUGCCGCCGACGCUCAUUGCCGUCCGUGCGCGCGAGGUCCUCGUCGUUCCACUCGCGCACUUUUAGCACUGAUGGCCGUGCGCGCCCCAACCAAAAAUGACUGUAGUUGCGAGCAGACUAGCUUACAUUUACAUGCUGAAAUCGAAAAUCUAAAACAAAAACUCUUAGAAAGAGAAAAUCACAUUGUAAACAUGGAGACUAAUUUUCUCUGUGAAGCUGAAAARUUUCCUCAUGGCGAGUACGCUGCAUUAACAGAUGAAAUAUUAAUAUGGCAAGACAAAUAUUCUAGAUUAUUAGAAUCACAUAAGAGAGUUCAACGUGUUAAUCAAAGUCUUGAAGAUAAAUUAUUAUUACUUGUUGAUAAAACUGAAUCAGAAAAGAAUUUAUUAAAUUCAGAAAUCACAAUUAUAUCUCAAAAACUGGUUGACCAACAAUUUCAAGUGAAUCAAUUGAAUGAUGAAAAUGAAAGGUAUAAACAUGAUCUUAAUAUUGCUAUUCAAUUACUUCAGUGCAAACCAUCUCAUUUUGUUUCUCAAAAAUAUGAUAAUCUGCCAAGUGAAUUGCAAUCCAAAGUUCGAAAUUAUAUUUUUAGCAAACAACGAAGAUUGUCRGACGGAAAUGGCAACAUAGCACAGAAAUCUGAAGGAAAAACUAUAAAAGUACCAAUUACUACAUUUCCUCCAACAGCAAUGGUGUAUUCAUUGAGUAAYGAUAAAGAUCUCAAGUCAUCAAGAGAUAGCGAAGAAGGGUCAUCACAACCUGUAAACAAUGUUUCAGCAUCAAUCCUAGCAAAAGUCUUAGAAGAAAGAUUCAAAGAGAGGUUAACUCAACGACACUGUUCUACUUGUUCAUGUGCUAACAAAACUGGUGACCCUAAUACAAACCAACAAGAAUGUCAUUCACCUCAAGCAGAUUCCUCUGAUAAGCAAAUGCGCACACUCACAAAAUAUAGUAAACGACCAAUGACAACCAAAAGUUCAGAAUCUCUAGUAUCAGAACCAGAAUUGUCAUCAUAUUUUGAAAACUCUGUAUCUUUAACUGAUUCCUCUGAUAAUGGACUGAAAUUAUCAGCUCGUUCUAGAUUGUGUUCAGUACGCUUACAAGAAGGCAGUAAUAAUAUAUUGUUAGAUAACGCUGCGACACCAUAUACAGGUCCUAUUCUUUAUAAAAGUCGUUCUUCUAGCGGUGAGUAUGAUGAACCUUUGGUACACGCACAAAAAUUGGUAGACCGUAACAUCCAUGCAAACGAACACACACGUAUAAUGAUAUCAGACGAAGAAAUUAUUUAAAAUUUAAACAAUUUUUAAGAAUAUAAAUGUGUGUGAUUUGUUUAAAAGUUAUACAAUUGGUAAGAAUAUGAAUUUGUGUGAUUUGCUUAAAAGUUUUACAAUUGGUAAAAAUAUGAGUAUGCGAUUUGUUUGACAAUAAUUAGGUGGUUGAUAAAAUUAAAUAUAUAUUAAGCGAAGUAUAAAUAAUAUUAAAUACAUUGUUUUAUUAUGUCAACUUUACUAUUUAUCAUUGUUAAGCGUGAAAAAUCUUCAUUAUGAUAUUUCUAUGACAAUUUAAAUUUCAUGAUACUAUAUAAAAAUUGAAAAUAUCAUCUUUUAGUAUUUUUAAAAAUUCUAAAUAUUAGAAUUUGAAUAAUUUCAUUAAUAAAAAAUGAGAAUSAAGACAUUUGGCRAAACACUAUAUUAAAACCAAAAUUUUUUCUGUWAUUUUAUAGUAUUCAUCCAACAGAUACUUUAGCGUAGUAUGCAUCAAGCAAGUACUGAAGUACAUGCAUGAUAGCAACCUGUCUACAAUUUACUCAAUUGAAUACACUGCCACUCUGGCCUAAGUGAGAGAAUAUCGAAAUGAUAAGAUUACGGGGGCUUAAUAUAACGCAGUCACRGAUUCAAAUCCUGUACUGUGCAUAUUUUUUUCCAUUUAAUUCUCAACAUCUCUCCCAAAACCAGCCAAAGCAUUUAAGGCCGUGUCAACUUUGACCUAUAAAUUAUUUUUUACCUUAAUAUCAUAUUUCACGCUAAAUGAUGAUGAUAGUGUGAUGUAUAAAAUGAUAUAAUUUUUAUAAUCAAAAUCAGACCACAUAUUAUUUUAACUCACGUCAUCUAAGGUUUUUUGCCAAUUUAUGUCAUCUAGAAAAAAAUAUAAAGUAAUWUAUACAACAUUAUAUUUUUAAUCAAUUUUAUCAACCUAUAUAACAACUACUAUAAUUCUGGAAAAUUGAUUUACAGGUACUGACCAGACUGCAUUAUCGUAUUUUAAAAUAUUGGUUUGAUUAUACUAUAGAUAAUAAUAAAACCAAA